GGUACCCAGCGUGCAGCGCGGCAGCGGCCGCCGCCACGGCGCUCCGGUGAGGCUGCCCGCGGGGCCUGCCGCUGUUGCUAGGCAACGGGGCCUGCUCGGGGCCUGCUCGGGGCCUGCGGGGCCCGGCCCGGCCCGGCCCGGCCCGGCCCGGCUUUUACAGAUGCUGCCUUGGGACCAAGUGCCACCAUGACACGCAAAUAAACUAGAUAAUAAUUGCAUCUCUCUUUAAAAAAAGUCAUGGUAAGACAAGCUCUGUUUUCCAUCAUCCGUCUCAUGGGAAGAAAUGAAGCUGCAGCCACACGUGGCAGCUCCUGUUUGUGAGAGCAGUGGAGGCUGACGUGUGUUAUAUUGGACCGUUCUGGAACAGCACCAGGCAGGAAGGGCCGUUGAGUGUUGGUGUGAGGGCAAAUCAGUAGACUUGCCAGAAGCAGAUGCACACAGGCAAAGAUAGCUCAACAUGAACUGUAAUGAUCGAGGUCAUUUAAGAAGUGACCAGAACAAUAUUUUUCCUUCUGAGAGCAGGCAACAGGAUUCCGAGAUUCUUCUGCAGUGCUGUCAUACUCGCUACCUGUUCCUGAAAUAGGACAUGGAGUUAUGUUCCUUUCUUCAUGUUAGGUGCUAAUGAACUUACUUGCUUCGUCAGAGGAAAUGCAGAUUCAUGAAAUUCCAUUUUGUGCAAGGAAUUCUCUAGGGAUGCGGUGUAAGACAAGCAUACCUUAUAAAAGCCCCAAGGCACUGAGAAGACUACAGGCAAUGGUGACUUGUGCCGCUGUUAUGAAUUUGGUGGAAGGCUGAUAUGCUGUGGAAGUAGAACCUUGGAAGAAGGGUGUUCAUUUGGAACUUACUCAGUGGACUUGUUGCAUCUCAGAGCAGGCUGAAGUUUGCUGAUGAAGCUGAGUUUCUUAAAUCAGAAAUUACAACAUGGAAUUAGUACGUGUGUCUUUCUGAGCUGUAAAUGUACUUGAAAAAACUGACUAUCGAUUAUUAUUUAGUUGUCAUUAACUCUGUUGGCAAUGUCUAUGAUUUUAUCUGCCUCUGUGGUCCGUGUGAGGGAUGGACUCCCACUGUCUGCAUCUACUGAUUACGAUCAAAGCACAGGAGUGCAAGAAUGUAGAAAGUAUUUUAAAAUGCUCUCAAAGAAACUUUCUCAGCUUCCUGAUAGAUGUACUUUGAAAACUGGGCACUAUAAUAUAAAUUUUAUCAGUUCUCUGGGAGUAAGUUACAUGAUGUUGUGCACUGAAAAUUAUCCUAGUGUCCUGGCUUUCUGCUUCCUGGAUGAGCUUCAGAAAGAGUUCAUCACUACCUACAACAUGAUGAAGACAAAUACUGCUGUCAGACCGUACUGUUUUAUAGAGUUUGAUAAUUUCAUUCAGAGGACCAAACAGAGAUACAACAACACGCGUUCUUUGUCAACAAAGAUGAAUCUUGCUGACAUGCAGACAGAAAUCAAACUGAGGCCACCUUAUCAAAUUUCCCUGUCAGAACUUGGCUCAGCUAACGGGUUUGCACAUCUAUCUGCAGCAGAGUAUAAGGGGACUGGUAAAAUAUCUGCAGCUCCUCAUCAGCGUCUGGAACCUGUCACUCUGCCAGGGAUCGUCUCAUUUGUACUUAGUCUGUUAUGUGGGGCUUUGAACUUAAUUCGUGGCUUUCAUGCCAUAGAAAGUCUCCUGCAGAACGAAGGUGAAGAUUUCAGCUAUGUUAUUGCAUUUUUUCUUGGAACAGCGGCUUGUUUGUACCAGUGUUACCUGUUUGUGUAUUACACGGGCUGGAGGAAUGCCAAAUCUUUCCUGACUUUUGGGCUAAUUUGCCUGUGUAACAUGUACCUGUAUGAACUGCGCAACCUGUGGCAGCUCUUCUUUCAUGUGACUGUGGGAGCAUUUUCUACCUUACAAAUUCGACUGCGACAACCACAGGGAAAGUCCCCUGAUUACAAUGUCUGACAAGUCCUGGAACACUUAGAGGCAGUCUUGUUCCAACAGAUACUCUCAGGAAUGUAAAGCUGUUCUCCAAAAGAAGAAGCUGUCUGGAUGGCGCUUUUUGGUUUUGUUCCUUUUUCUUUUUUUUUUUUUUAAUAAAGCAAUGUAAGAUGCC